AUGAUAGAUUUAGAGAACCCACCAGCAAAGAAUGAAGCCGCAAUUCAACAGCAUGACAAUCAAUCAAGGUCAGCAGCACAAUCAGUCAUCUCGUCCACUGUAGAUCACACCAGCUGUAUUUCUGUACAUGGCGCAGAAGACGAGAAGGAGAAUUUGGAGAAGGAGGAACCGUAUUCUAUCUGGACCACUGGCCAGUUGGUUCGAUUCUUGUCAAUCUGUGCAGGAACUGGUAUGAUUUCUCCCCUGACUGCGAGCAUCUAUCUACCUGCUUUGAACCAGAUCCAAAGAGAUCUCAAUACGACAACAGAAAAAGUCAAUAUUUCAAUUACUGUUUACAUGAUUUUCCAGGCCAUCUCACCGACCUUUUGGGGCACAAUCGCUGAUAGCUACGGUAGACGACCUGUAUACCUGUGUACGAUGCUCAUUUACUGUGGAGCCUGUAUUGGCCUUGCACUCUCGCCCAAUUACGCAGCCCUGUUGAUCUUUCGUAUGAUGCAAGCAUUUGGCUCAAGUUCUGUCAUUGCCAUAGGAGCAGGGAUAUUAGGUGAUAUUGUGGAUUCAAAAAGACGUGGGUCGUAUUUUGGAAUUUAUUCAAUGGGCCAGAUGCUGGGACCAGUUCUAGGACCUGUGCUAGGAGGAAUUAUCGCAGAAAAGUUGAAUUGGAAGUGGAUCUUUUGGAUUCUGGCGAUCAUUGGGGGCCUGUCAGUCAUCUUUGUUAGCCUUUUUGUGCCAGAAACUCUUCGAUCCCUGGUAGGUAAUGGCUCUGGAUAUGCAAAUCCUACUCCCUCCCAAUGGCUAGCUCGUCGAAGAGGCCAAUUGGACGAAGAGAAAAUUGCCCAGAUCAAGAUAGCUAAUGGACCCCGUCGCCCGAUGAAUUUUUUGGCACCUUUCAUCUACUUGACAGAACCAGAUGUUGCGAUUACUCUGAUCUUUAGUGGAUUUUUGUACUGCUCCAUGUAUACAUUCAUGACAAGCACCACGAAUCAGUUUACCAUUCAUUACAACUUGAAUGAGCUGCAGAUUGGUCUGUGUUUCUUGUGUCAAGGCUCUGGCUCUAUCGUUGGAUCUUUUGUCAAGGGAAAGCUGCUCGACAGAGACUUUAGACGGUUGAAGGAAAAGACAGCGCGCGAAAACCCGGAUAACCCAGAUAUAGAAAUUUCGUUCUACAAGGCUCGUUUGGGUGGUGCUUAUGUGAGUUUGUUCUUUGUAGAUGCUCUGCCUAUUGCUUAUGGGUGGGCCAUGCAUUAUAAUGCUCCAUUGCCCGUGGCAUUGGUUUUGCAAUUUCUAGUGGGUGUGAGUACUUCCUCACUGACUAUUUGUACACAGUCGCUUAUCGUGGACUUAUUUCCCGGAAAAGGUGCUUCCAUCACAGCCUCAAACAACUUGACGAGAUGCCUCCUUGGUGCUAUUGCUUCUGUUGCUAUUGAGCCGGGAAUUCAAGGUGUUGGCAUUGGCUGGAUGUUUACAAUUGUUGGAUUACUUGUCACUGUAACCAACAUUGCAGUUCCUGUCCUCAUCAAAUUUGGUCCAAAAUGGAGAGCACGCCGAGCCGAGAGAUACAAGAACUCGAAUGGUAACAUUGAAUUCACGUUCUUCAAGUCUAAAAAGUGA